AGCACAUAUACUACCCGUGCCAGCGCACAUUCCUAGCACACUUUCUUUUCCCCAUUACUCACGCUCUACAGGGAGCAGGGACAAGGGAGAGGAAGAAAAGGGCGGGUUGCGUUUUACGCAGUCGUUGCAUCUUGUGUGUGUCACCCAUUUAGGGUAUCGGGGCUCCUCUUGCUCUUCUUUUCUCAGGGCAGUUUCUACACCACACCUCCACCACCGGUCUUAUUCCUUGUUGUUGUUUCUUUCCUUUCUUUCGCGUCGCACGCGUGUCUCUUUUCGGUAAAAAUUGAUUAGGAUGCUUCGUCAACUCGUCGCCCCGAUGCGGCACGCGUCGCUCAAGGCGCACCUCGCACCGUCCGUCAUCGUUACGCAGCAGCGCCACGUGAACAUGAACCGCAGUGUGCAGACCCGCUGGGAAAUGGAGAGCCAGACGGCCUCGCAGAAGCGCACCGACUACGACUUUGACAAGGAGCAGUGGAUGAAGCAGAUGCGGUUUGCAUCGAUGGACUGCAUCAUGGACCCCGACAUCACGCCCAUCCGCUACACUUCCCUUGCGGGUAUGAAAAAGGCUUUCAGGCGCUUUGUGACAAUGCGGAAGUUGACCGACCGUCGCCCUGACUUCGACCUUGCGCACCUGAAGCAGCUCUUCAUUCAAUUCAAGACGCUCUCCCACGAGAAGAGUCAGGAUUGCUUCAAGACGCUGCAGCGCAUCACCACCCACGGCGAGGCGGACCGCAUCCUCAAGGAAAUCAAGGGUCGCAUGAAUGACGAAUUUACCAAGAAGAGCUGGAAGUCGUUGAAGCAGCACGGGUCGCAGAGUACCUACGAAAUCGAGGUGGACUCUUUUGACUUAGUCACGUGCUAUAUGGGUCAGAUGUCACAGGAUGACUGGCUGCAAAUCACGUAUCGUUGCGAAUUUCGUGAGCGAAUGGGUAAAGAGUUUGAAUGGGAGAAACAGCUGGAGUAUCCGGUAUUCGAAGUGCGCCUCAGCGAUGGCGUGAAAACGGCAAACACCUAUCCGUUUAUUGUGGUCGGUGUGUUGAAGAAGGACGGCACACGGUACGGCAAGGACUCCCAGGACGCGGCCGACCUUCGUAAGCAGUUCGAUCGCACAGGAAGCUGGUUCUAA